AUGUUGGCUCUAUUAACUCGUCAUUUACUCAGCACGCCUCUCUCCUCAGCUGAAGGAGCGUUCACUGAGACUUGGCAACUAUUCACCGAGCCUCCACUCUUGCCUUCAGCUUCCCCAAUCACACUUCACUUCUCUGGAGUUUCUUACCGAAGUGAUGAGGGAAUGAAGAACCAGAGAAGCAUUGUUGAACAAAUCCAGCGUCAGGUUACUGUUGAAAUAACAAGAGAAGUUGUCAAAGAUGUAGUGAAUUCCAUCGCUUGGAAAAAACCCUUAAUACACUUGAGAAAUGGUGAUAUGACUGUCAUGAGGUGUUUUGGAAAGUACAAUCCAGGGGUAAUAUUAUGCGCAUUAUCGUUAUCUAAACUUAGGAUGGAUAUUCAAAUGUUUAUCUUUAGUAACAUGGAUGUUCUUUGUUUUUUAUUAUUUUAA